AUGCCAGGGUUGGUGCUCUUUGGCCGGCGUUGGGCCAUUGCCAGUGAUGACCUGGUCUUCCCAGGAUUCUUCGAACUGUUCCUACGAGUUGUGUGGUGGAUUGGCAUCCUGGCGUUGUACCUCACGCACAGAGAGAAGUUGGACUGUGCCGGUGGAGCCCUGCUCAGCAGUUACCUGAUCGUCCUCAUUGUUCUCCUGGCGCUGGUUGUGUGUACUGUGUCCGCCAUUGUGUGUGUCAGCAUGAAAGGAACCAUCUGUAACCCUGGACCACGGAAAUCGAUGUCUAAGCUGCUCUACAUCCGGCUAGCGCUCUUUCUGCCAGAGGUGGUCUGGGCAUCUCUGGGGGCCACCUGGAUAGCAGAUGGAGUGGACUGUGACAAGACUGUUGUGAACGGCAUCAUUGCCACUGUCAUUAUCAGUUGGAUCAUCAUUGUCUCUACUCUGGUCACCAUUUUCAUUGUCUUUGACCCACUGGGGGGCAAGAUGGCCCCCUAUUCCUGUGCUGGCCCCAGCCACCUGGAUAGUCAUGACUCAAGCCAGUUAUUGCAUGGCCUCAGGACAGCGGCUACAAGUCUGUGGGAGACCAGAAUCAAGCUUCUGUGCUGCUGCGUGGGGGACGAUGACCACACUCGAGUUGCUUUUUCGAGUACGGCAGAGCUUUUCUCAACCUACUUUUCAGACACGGACCUGGUGCCCAGCGACAUCGCGGCGGGUCUCACCCUUCUCCAUCAGCAGCAGGAUAACAUCCGAAAUAAACAAGAGCCUGAUGAGGUGGUCACCCAUUCCCCAGGGGCCUCCCAGGAAGCGGAUUUGGAUGCAGAAUUAGAGAAUUGCCGUCACUACAUGCAGUUUGCAGCCGCUGCCUAUGGUUGGCCGCUCUACGUCUACCGAAACCCCUUCACAGGGCUCUGCAAGAUUGGUGGGGAUUGUUGCAGAAGCAGAACCACUGAAUACGAGUUGGUUGGAGGUGAUCAACUGAACUGUCAUUUUGGCUCCAUCCUGCACACGACGGGGCUGCAGUACCGAGAUUUCAUCCACAUAAGCUUCCAUGACAAGGUGUAUGAGCUUCCCUUCAUAGUGGCUCUGGACCACAGGAAAGAAUCGGUCGUGGUGGCUGUGAGAGGAACCAUGUCUCUCCAGGACGUCCUGACUGAUCUGUCUGCUGAGAGUGAGACCCUCGACUUAGGGUGUGAAGUUCAAGACUCUGUGGCACACAAGGGCAUUUCUCAAGCCGCCAGAUACAUUUACCGACGACUCAUCCACGAUGGGAUCUUGAGCCAGGCAUUCAGCAUUGCUCCUGAGUACCGGCUGGUCCUGGUGGGGCACAGUCUGGGGGCCGGCGCCUCAGCCCUGCUGGCUUUCAUGCUCAGGGACGCCUACCCGCACGUCAGGUGCUACGCCUUUUCUCCACCCAGGGGGCUGCUGAGCAAAUCCCUCUAUGAGCACUCUCAGAGCUUCAUUGUGUCACUCGUCCUUGGCAAGGAUGUGAUCCCCAGGUUAAGUGUGACCAACUUGGAAGAUCUGAAGAGGAGAAUCCUGCGCGUGAUUGCGCACUGUAACAAGCCCAAGUACAAGAUCUUGCUGCAUGGGUGCUGGUAUGAGCUAUUUGGAGGGGACCCUGAUAACUUUCCGACUGAGCUGGAUGGUGGCCAGCAGGCGGACCUGUCACAGCCACUACUGGGCGAGCAAAGCUUGCUGACACACUGGUCCCCAGCCUACAGCUGCUCUGACGACUCUCCGUUGCACUCCCCACCCAAGUACCCACCCCUGUACCCUCCUGGCAGAAUCAUCCACCUGCAGGAAGAGGGCCCUUCAGGCAGGUUUUGCUACUGCUCUUCCACUCAGUAUAGUGCCCGCUGGUCGCAUGAAUCCGAAUUCAGCAGGAUUCUCAUAGGCCCCAAGAUGCUGACCGACCACAUGCCAGACAUCCUGAUGCGAGCCCUGGACCGUGUAGUCUCGGACAGAGCGGCCUGUGUGUCCUGCCCAGCUCAAGGAACUCCCCAUGUGGACAUAGUGUAG